GUCCGUGACUUGUUCAAACCAGUUUCCUGAGUCUGCGCAGUAAGUGUAAACAGGAAGAAGAGUGAAAAAUUAAAAAGGGUUGAUAAACGUUACGCAAAACUGAGAGGGUCGAUUUAUAGUCGCGGUGCAGUAUCUGUUGUUUUCUGUAAACGAAGAAGCUCGAUGUAUCGUCAUUAAUUAAAGUAUUGCACGCGAUGUAACGCGUUCACUGACUGAACAGCCGCUGCUAGAGAAAAAAAAACCCGGCUAAUGCUAAUUGCUUGGCUGUCUAGAGAUUCUGCCAAACUCUACGGUUAAGGCAAACUGCACAUUUCGAUAUAGGUUAAAAGGCUUUCAACAUCGAACUGCCGGUUCUGUCUCGCGCAGAAAAUCUGCAUCCGAUUGAAUUCAGCGCCCUACCGGUAGACACGGUGACCUACUAACCCACUAGAGAAUCGGGCAGUGGCUCCAUUUCCUGCACAAGAAAAGCUUUGGUCGACGACUAGUCCGAUACUUUUCAACAGCAGUAAUUAAGUAUACAUGAAAAUGGUUCAGAAAGACAAAAUUAUCGAGUUGUCACAGCCAGAGACCGAGGCAAACCCAGUACCAACCGAAGCGGGUUCGGAUACGCAAGGUCCAGUUGACGAACCCAUCAUCGGGGUAGAGAGAACAGGCCGCAGGAAAUUCAUCACUGGUGUUGUAGAGGGCUUCUAUGGACGGCCAUGGACUAUUGAACAAAGAAAAGAGCUUUUCAGGAGGCAGCAGAAAUGGGGAUUGAACACUUAUUUGUAUGCCCCGAAAGAUGACUACAAACACAGAAUGUUUUGGAGAGAGAUGUAUUCUGUUGAGGAAGCAGAGCAACUCACAACUUUGAUAAGUGCUGCUAAAGAGCACGGUAUUGAGUUCAUUUAUGCCAUUUCCCCUGGCUUGGACAUUACAUUCUCAAAUCAGAAGGAAGUGUCUACACUGAAAAGGAAGUUAGACCAGGUCUCUCAUUUUGGGUGCAAGUCAUUUGCCUUACUGUUUGAUGAUAUAGAUCAUAACAUUUGUCCAGCUGACAAGGAAGUAUUCAGCUCCUUUGGACAUGCCCAAGUGUCCAUCACCAAUGAGAUCUUCCAGUAUUUGGGAGAACCUGAUAUAUUCUUAUUUUGCCCCACUGAGUAUUGUGGAACAUUUUGUUAUCCAAAUGUAUCACAAUCGCCUUACCUGCGUACAGUUGGUGAAAAGCUGCUUCCUGGUGUUGAGGUGCUUUGGACAGGUCCAAAGGUAGUUUCUAAAGACAUAACCGUUGAAUCUAUUGAAGAAGUCACAAAGAUACUGAGGAGAGCUCCUGUCAUCUGGGACAAUAUUCAUGCCAAUGACUAUGAUCAGAAGCGACUUUUCUUAGGGCCUUAUAAGGGCAGGUCCACAGAACUCAUUCCCCGGCUAAAAGGUGUCCUCACCAACCCCAACUGUGAAUUUGAGUCCAACUUUGUUGCCAUUCACACGUUAGCCACGUGGUACAAGUCUAACAUGAAUGGAGUGAGAAAAGAUGUUGUCAUGACGGACAGCGAAGACAGCACUGUGUCCAUUCAGAUAAAGCUGGAGAACGAGGGCAGUGAUGAGGAACUAGAAACAGACAUCCUCUACAGCCCACAGAUCGCACUCAAGCUGGCUCUUUGUGAAUGGUUGAGCGAGUUUGGAGUGCCUCAUCAGUACAACAGUCGGCAGGUACCUCACAGUGGAAAUAAAAGCACUUCUAUUGAUGUUCCCCCACUCAGUACGACCAGUCUGGGCUCCACCACAACAGUGACCACAGUCUUCCAACAGCCCAUCAUGAGUCCAGCCGUGCCCCUUAGCGAUGAACCGCACGUGCUUGGCAAAGAAGAGGAGGUGGAGGUGGAAAAGAAAGAGUCUGACGAAGAACCCAUGGAGAUGGUUGUAGAAAAGAAUGACGAGGUGGAGGACACUAAAAAUGUCAAUGAGAUCCUCACAGAGAUUGUCAAGGCUAAGAUGACAGAGGAUCUCAAACCCAUGGACACAGACAAAGAAAGCCUGACGGAGUCCAAGUCUCCAGAGAUGUCCAUUCAAGAGGAUUCAGGCAGCGACAUUGCACCUAUGCAGACUGAUGAUCAGCUCAAUAAGGAAGUGUUUGUUCCAGGCCCCAAUGAAAAACCACUGUUCACUGCUGAAGCACUUACUCUGGAGGAUCUGUCCCUGCUGGCUGAACUCUUCUACCUGCCAUAUGAGCAUGGACCAAAAGCAGUACAAAUGCUGAAAGAGUUUAACUGGCUGAGAGCCAACAGCAAUUAUGUCAGCGUUAACUCCAAAGGAAAGGAUCCAGAGAAGGUAACUGAAUGGCAGUCCAGAGCAGAAAACUUUGAAGAGAUGUGCUGCUCCGUCAUCCAGAUGUUUACCAGACUCUCCAACUCUGCCAACAGGACCAUUCUAUAUGACCUGUAUCCCUAUAUCUGGGAUAUAAAAAGUAUCAUCUCAAUGGUGAAAUCAUUUGUUCAGUGGUUAGAUGGAAGAAUCCUUGGCACAAGUUUGUACUGCUAUUGGAUGGACAGUGCCCGAUGGUGUCGUAGUCAGUCGUCAGCACAGUUCUUAAGUGGCGACCAAGAGCCCUGGGCCUUUAGGGGUGGUCUAGCAGGAGAGUUCCAGAGACUGUUGCCAAUUGAUGGGGCAAAUGAUCUUUUCUACCAGCCACCUCCAUCAAUGCCAACUUCCAAAAUCUAUAGCAUAAGGCCUUACUUUCCCAAAGAUGAGUCUGCCGUCUAUAAGAUAUGCAGGGAAAUGUACACUGAGGGCUGUGAUGGCCUUUCUUUCCCCGAUGAGUCGCCGGACCUUAUUGGAGACAGGUUAGUAGGAGGUUUCCUUACGCUCAGCCCAGACUAUGGCUUUGUGCUUGAGGAUGAGGAAGGAAUUUGUGGCUAUGCUUUGGGCACUGUGGAUGUCAAACCUUUCGUAAAGAAAUGCAAGUUGAGUUGGAUACCAUUCAUGCAGGAGAAAUACAACAAGCCAGAUACAGAGAAGGACCUGUCAGAUGCUGAGAAAAUGAUGCUAAGCUUCCAUGAGGAGGAGGAGGAGGGCUUGCCAGAAUCAUUCCUCGGCAACUUCCCAUCCCUCAUUAAAGUGGACAUUCAUGCAAAGGUUACUGACCCCAGUGUUGCCAAAAGCAUGAUGGGAUGUCUCCUCUCAUCGCUCAAAGCUAAUGGCUCGCAUGGUGCUUUCUGUGAGGUCCGACAGAUGGACAAAAGGAUGAUGGACUUUUAUAGUAAACUUGGCUGCUUUGAAGUGGCCAAAAUGGAGGGAUUCCCAAAAGACGUUAUUAUAAUGGGGAGGAGCUUGUGAAUCUAGAGCAAGAAACACAAAGAAGGAGCCCCCUAGAAAGUACACAAAGCUUUGGCCCAAAGUAAAGGGCCAAGGCGCUACCUGUUUAUAUAACAAUCAUAUGUUUGUAAUCACAACUCUAGUGGCCUGUAAUGGUAACUUAAAUCACCUAAUUAUGCCGAAAACCCUUCUAGAGUUUUAGGUGCUUUUCAUAGAUAUUAUUAUUUGCCAGUCAGAGGCGUGUGCUCAAGAGUUUGUUAGUGUGUACAUAUAUGCAUAUGUUUGCGUAUUCAGGGGAGCAUGAGAAAUGGAAAAAGAUUUGGAGUGUGAGUCUGCAAGUGUAAUUCAGGAGUUACUUUGAAGAAAAUACUUUUUCCUGGUGGACAGAGCUUGAGUUGGCCAAGUGCCAUUUGAACUCACUAAAUCUCUUAGAUGUGGCUGGGUUGCAUAUGUGUUGUGUUAAGUUGACACAUUUAAGCCCAUGUGUAGAUUCUCCAGACUAAACCUUGCCAUUACUUGAUAAAAGAAAUUCUCACUUUUCUGUUUUAUUAUUAUUAUUAUUAUUAUUAUUAUUAUUAUAGUUCAUUUCAACGUUUUGCAGUGUUCAGAAAAAUAAUCUAGAAUGAGGUUGACUUCAUAACAUCCAGUGUUUGUGGUGUUGCUUUACUGGAUAUUGUAAUACAUUCUGCAAUAUACCAGGCUCAAACAAUAUCAGUGAGCUCUUAUGCAGAAUACACAACCCUAAAGCUAUCCUUUGAGGCAGAAGUAAGUACAGUUACACCAUAAUGUAUAUUGUCCUUAGGACUGCAUGGCAUAUUUUUGUGUAAGCCUUUAGCAUGUGUAUCUUUUAAUUAUACAUUUUUGUUUUGUACAAAAAAUGCCUUUUGGCUCUUGUCCUUCUUUUGUAAUAUAUUUUAGGUUAAUGAGAGGUACUUUCCAACACUUCUGCCUUUGUUUAAAGCUGUGCAUUUGAGACAGCAAGCUUACAUGAUAAUUCUGAGAUGCAGGGAUGAUGUUUACAAAACAAAAGUAAAAUCUGUAACCUAAACGUGAAGGCCAAUGCCCAGAACAAUGUCUCAAACCAAAGUGAGAACUGAAAUUUAACUUAAAUUAAGCUGUGUUAAUGGAUUCUCUCUAACAAAUCUGAGGUCCUUUCUCUGUUGCCGGAAGAGGAGGAUAACUGCCAUUGCCUGUUCUUGAUUACGGCCUGCCUUGUUAAUUUGAUAAAAUGUUAAAAAGCACCACUUUUCAAGUUGGGUUUCUCCGAAGUCCACAUUCUAAUGCCAAUAUCAGAAUUAUUGCCAUGAAUGAAUGGUACUAAAGAUUCUAUUUAGGAGUCUUUUGAAAAUAUUUAUGCGAUGUUAACACCCUUAAUGUUUAGUUUUUUUUUUUGUUUUUUUUUUAAAUGACUGACAGAACAAUCUAUAUAUAUAUAUAUAUAUAUAUAUAAAACCAGAUGAGCGCACAUGGCUCUUGCAGAUUCCCAUUCAUAAUGCUUAAAUAAUGCCUGGGUUUAAGAUAAUGUAAAUAGUUUUGUGCAUGUGAUGGGCCAACAAUUUGGGUCUUGAGAAAUGUCUUUGUUCGCACCCAGUCAAGGGGAACUUUUACUCUGGCUGUAUAUCUCCAUGGCUUGCUGAUUACUAUGUUUGGCUCAUUGUAUUUUGGUUGAUCAUACACAAUAUAAAGGGCUUUUUUUAAGGUUAUAUACAAUGCAUAUAUUUAAAAAGAUGAAGACCUUUCCAUACUUUGAUGUAAUUAUGAUUAUGUAUAUGUAAUAUAGUUGUCAUUUCUGUACGGUUUGUAUGUAAUUAAGAUGGUUAUUAAAAUGUUAAAUAGGAAAAAAAAAAAUCUGUGGUAAAAGAGUCAUGCUUGCUAGGCCCAUUACUCUUCCUUCAAAACACUAUCAUCUACCUAUCAGUUUUUACCACCACUGCAGUGUACAUACUACAUAUAGUAUAAUUUCUUUAGUACUAUAGCUAUGAUUGAAGGUAUUGUUUUCUUUAAAUAUUUACACAGUAGUGUUCUCAACAGUUUUUUUUAUUUUUUAUCCCACAGUAUGUCACUUGAUUUGUUUUUAAUGGUUCUUUUUUUGGCAAACAAGGUUUUAAAUCCUAGUCCCUUUCUUAAGGACUGACAGAGUGGUUGUUUGCAUGGGUAAGACAGUGAGAUCAAUCAAGAAGUCAUUGUAUUUUACAAUUUACAGAAUCUGUAAAUAAAAUGUUGUUUUAGUAGAA